AUGAAAGCGAUCGCAGUAAUUCUGCUAUGCACUUCGGCAUUCAUCGGCUCUGAAGCCCUACUUGGCCGUACGCAAAGUGCUGGCGUUAAGGGUGUUUUGAAGUGUCACGGCAAACCACUAAGCGGUGUUAAAGUAAAACUGUACGACGAUGAUAGAGGAAUUGAUACGGAUGAUAUGAUGGCCCAAGGUAAGUCUGGAAAAGAUGGCUCCUUCGAACUGCAAGGUCAUACGGAUGAGUUUACAACAAUCGACCCAAAACUAAACGUUUAUCACGAUUGUGACGACGAGUUGACGCCGUGUCAACGCAAGAUCUCAGUUACAAUUCCGGACAAAUACGUGUCGAGUGGUAAAACACCGAAGAAAAUUUACGAUGCCGGAGUGAUCGAAUUAUCCGGAAAAUUCAAAGGGGAGGCGCGUGAUUGCCUGAAUUGA